AUGGCUCUCGGCCCUACUAUCUCGAUCCCUCCCAAGGAAGCCCAGGCUGCAAUUGACAACGCCCUGGAGAAAGUGUCCAAGCAGCUCCGUGAACUGAACCAUUAUAUUUGGUCUAAUCCGGAACUGGCAUAUGAAGAGCACAAGGCGCAUGAUGCAAUCUGUGACUUCCUUGAAAGCCAAGGGUUCACAGUUACCCGCCAUGCUUAUGGAGUAGAUACAUCGUUCGAAUGUAUUAGUGGCACCGAAGGCCGACUCGUUAACUUCAACGCUGAAUACGAUGCGUUACCAGACAUCGGUCAUGCCUGUGGCCACAAUCUUAUCGCCACUAGCAGCAUUGCAGCCUUUUUGGCACUGUCUCAUCUGCAGAAGGAGUAUGGGGUCAAAGGAAGAAUCCAACUACUUGGCACUCCCGCAGAAGAGAAUGGUGGAGGCAAGGCUAAAUUGAUCGAUGCUGGUGCUUAUAAGGGGGUUGAUAUCUCUUUGAUGUCUCAUGGUGGACCAACAAAUCUGGCUGGACUCCCUAGCGAUGGAGUUGCAGGAGUCUUGAUGAAUGCCCGAAAAGAGCUACAUGUGGAAUAUUUCGGCAAGAAUGCUCACGCCGGAGGUAAUCCAUGGGAUGGUGUGAACGCAUUGGACGCACUGGUCCAGGCAUACAACGGAAUAUCGACCCUGCGACAACAUAUUCUGCCAGACGAGCGCAUUCACGGGGCCUUCCUGGACGUGCCAAAGGUCGCCAAUGUAAUUCCAGCUUACACAAAGUCCUACUGGCAAAUUCGAAGCCCAACUUUGCAAGGACUCAACAAGCUUAUCGCCAAGGUUCGACAGUGCAUAGAGGGGGCGGCUAUUACGACUGGCUGUACAGUCAAAAUUGAAGAGGAGGGUCUUUACACCGAUAUCGUGCUAAACGAGACUUUGUGUGAGCGAUUCACAGGCCAUAUGGCAGGUUACGGAAAGAAAAUCAUUCCGAAGUACGAUAAGGUCCUGACUGGUUCAUCCGAUGUUGGCAAUGUAAGCUACGUCGCACCAACACUUCAUUCUAUGUUCGCCAUUCCGACACCAGAGGGGGCCUUCCCCCAUCACCCGAGUUUUGCAGCUUCCGCUGGAACAGACGAAGCUCACGAGGAAGCCAUCUUUACUGGCAAGGGAUUGGCCCUUACGGGCUGGGAUAUGUUGUGCGACGAUGGUCUUUUUGAGUUGGCUAAGGCGCAGUGGGAGGGGCAGCUCCCGGCGCCCGCUCAUAAGUGA